AUGGAGAGCCCCAGCCUCACCUCAGUGACCGAGUUCAUCCUCCUUGGCCUCUCCAGUCGGCCUGAGCUCCAGGUGCAUCUCUUCCUCCUCUUCCUCAUGAUCUACCUGAUGAUCUUGCUGGGGAACCUGCUCAUUGUGUUGCUGAUAUUGAGGGAUUCACGCCUCCAUACACCUAUGUACUUCUUCCUCAUUAAUUUAUCCAUUCUAGAGGUUUGUUACACAUCCUGUGUGUUUCCACAGAUGCUGGUACACUUCUUUGCAGAGAGAAAGUCCAUCUCGUAUUCCUGCUGUGUCAUACAGGUCUACACAUUCUUGUCCUUUGGCAUUGCAGAGUGCUAUAUCCUAUCAGUGAUGGCCUAUGACCGCUAUGUUGCCAUUCGAGACCCCUUAAGGUACACAGUCAUAAUGAACUGGGGUGUAUGUGGGAGGCUAGCUGCUGCAUCAUGGUUGGGUGGCUUUAUGGCAUCCACAGUAGAUACAGUGACCACAUUUCAGCUCUCAUUCUGUCGGGAUAAUGUUAUCAAUCAUUUUUUGUGUGAAAUGCCUGCCCUACUGCACCUCUCAUGUAGUGACACAAACCAUGCAGAGUUGAUCAUGCAAGUCCUCUGUAUAUUUACACUUUUGUCCCCUGUCACAUUCAUCAUCCUUUCCUAUACACAGAUCAUCAUUGCUGUCCUUCGAAUUCGCUCUUCUCAGGGGCGCAGAAAAGCUUUUUCUACUUGCUCUUCCCACCUUCUGAUUGUCACUCUAUUUUUUGGGACUGUAAUAUCUCUUUACAUGAAGCCUCAUUCUCUAUCCACUCCAGAAUACAAUAAGAUUGUUUCUGUAUUUUAUAUAGCUUUCACACCUACCCUCAACCCUCUUAUCUAUAGCCUGAGGAAUAAGGAUGUGAAGAUGGCUCUGAGAAGACUUUUGGGGAAACCUGAAGAUGCUUAA